GGCGGUUUGCCUCAGGAGUGCGCCCCCAAGCAAUCACCAUCUUGACAGAAACAGACGCGCAAACUACCACCGCGAUUGAGUCCUCAGCGCAGCAAUGGGGCUACCUCCCAAUGCCAAGGCAGAGGCGGUGGCGGGAACAGCACCAACAGCGACGGCCAGUCUCGAUGGCCUAGAAGUGCCAGGACAGCCGCAGCCGCGCGACGAGUUCAAGCCGGGACUCACAUUUUACGGCGCCUUUGGCAGCCUCCUGAUCGUCAACCUGGCCGCCGCGCUCGAUGCGACGUCGCUGUCCGUGGCGCUGCCUAUCAUAUCCAAAGACCUCGGCGGCACGGCCAUCGAGGCCUUUUGGAGCGGCACGUCCUUCCUCCUGACCAACACCGUGUUCCAGCUCACCUUCGCAUCCGCCUCGCACACCUUCGGCCGCAAGGCCCUGGUGAUGCUCUCGCUCCUCCUCUUCACCGCCGGCUCGCUCGUCGCCGCGCUCGCCCCGGGCUUCCCCGCGCUGCUGGCAGGGCGCGCGGUGCAGGGCGCGGGCGUGGGCGGCAUCAUCAGCCUGACCGAGGUGGUCAUCACAGACCUCGUGCCGCUGCGCGAGCGCGGCAAGUGGUUCGGUCUGCAGGGCGCCGUCUGGGCCGUCGGCUCCGUCGCGGGGCCGCCCGUCGGCGGCGCCCUCGCCCAGGCCGGGCAGUGGCGCUGGAUCUUCUGGCUGAACCUGCCCGUCGCCGGCGUGGGCGCCGUGGCGGUGGCGUUCUUCCUCCGGCUGCAGCCCGUCCCCGGCGCCCUGGCCCACAAGCUGCUGCGCUUCGACUGGGCCGGCGUGCUGCUGCUGACCGCCGGCGGCACCGCCUUCCUCAUGCCCGUCACCUGGGGCGACAUUGUCUUCCCCUGGUCCGACUGGCGCUCCGUCGUGCCGCUCGUCGUGGGCGCCGCGCUCGUCGCGCUCUUCGUCUGGUACGAGGCGCGCUGGGCGGCACGCGGCGGCCGCCAGCCGCUGGUGCGCCUGCGCAUCUUCGGCCGGCGCACCGCGGCCGUCUGCUACUUCGGCACCUUUGUGCACGGCGUCGUGCUCUGGUGCAUGCUGUACUACAUGCCGCUCUACUACGAGUGCGUCAAGGGCUACACCCCCGCCAUGGCCGGCGUCGCCAUCUUCCCGCAGACCUUCACCGUCGCCCCCACCUCCAUCCUCGUUGGCAUACUCGUUAGCCGCUUCGGCCGCUUCCGCUGGGCGGUCUGGCUCGGCUGGUCGCUGUCGGUGCCGGGGUUGGCCAUUCUGUACCUCCUGGACGCCGACACCACCCCGCCGCAGUGGGUGUUUCUGAACCUUGUAUCGGGCUUCGGCCUGGGUCUUUUAUACACAAGCCUAUCGUACGGCACCAUUGGCGCCGCCGACGAGCGCGAUGCCGGCCAGGCCGCCAGUAUGUAUGUCUUCUCGCGCUCUCUGGGGCAGUGCGUCGGCGUCUCGGUCGGCGGCGCCGUCUUCCAGAACGUCUUUGCCGCCCGCCUGUCCGAAUCCGGCUCCGGCUCCGGCGGGCUGGCCGACCGCGCGGCAGGGCUGGCGCGGGAGGCAAGCGCCCUGGUCGAGGUGGUCCGCGGGAUGGACCCGGCCUCGCCCGAGCGCGCCGUCAUUGUGAACGCGUACGCAGACGCCCUCAAGGUCGUCUGGGUGUCCAUGGCGGGCGUCGCGUUCCUCGCGUUGCUGGCCAGCCUGCUCAUGCGGCACAUCGACAUCACGAGGAGCCUGGAGACGGAGCAGGGACUGCAGGGGAAGCCGGCGGGGCGCGAGAAGCCAACGGCGAGCUCCGAUGGUGCCUGAGGUCGACUUUAGGAAUAUAAACAUGCGAUGACAGGAACUAGCGCGUAAUUGGGAGGGGAGGAGUACCUAAUGUUUAAUGAGAUGCAUAACCACAAGGGGAAAAUAGAUUUGAGAUUG